GAGAGAGAGAGAGACACACACAGAGAGAGAGAGAGAGAGAGUGUGUGAGAGGCUGCGGUCACCCGGAUGGCGCGUCCCAUCAUACAACGCGACCAAGAAGCCCGUCUCUAACCGGCCAUUUUGAGGUAAUUUGCAAGCGGCGGACGCUGCCUGGUAGAAUCCGAGGGAAUCCGCUCUGAAGGGGGCCCCAUCAUGCCCGGCAACCUGCAGGAAGGCUUCGGCUGCGUCGUGACCAACCGGUUCGACCAGCUCUUCGACGACGAGUCCGAUCCGUUCGAGAUCCUGAAGGAGGCGGAGAACAAGAAAGACAAGAGGGAGAAGGACAACAAGACGGCCUCGGCCAAGCAGCAGCAGCAGCAGCAGCAACAGCAGCCCAAGCGGGAGUCGCAGAAGGACAGGAAGGCGCCCGUCACGGCGGCCGACAUCAAAGCGGAGACCCAGGCUCCCGCGGCCUUGAAGAAAGAAGGCAUCAGGCGGGUUGGGAGGAAGCCCGAGCAACAGCAGUCUCAAGGUGAAGGUAAACCCGCUGACAGGAGGCCAGAGAGAAGACCACCCCCCCCUCGUGAGAGGCGCUUUGACAGACCUGUGGAAGAAAAGGCUGAAGGAGGAGGCGAAUUCUCAUCUGAAAAGCCCAUUGACCGUGAACGACCCCUUCGUGGCCGCGGAGGUGGGAGGGGCCGCGGGCGUGGCCGUGGCCUAGGCAGGAGCGAUGGCUUUGACUCUCGUGGCAAACGUGAAUUUGACAGACAUAGCGGAAGCGACCGAUCUAGCCUGAAACCUGAGGACAAACGUGGGGGGAGCGGAUCACACAACUGGGGAAAUGUCAAGGAUGAAUUCAGCGAUCUCGACCAGUCGGCUGUUACUGAGGAGGUGCCUGAGGGCGAUGAACAACAACAAGUCGUUGACUCUGAAAACAAGGAGAACGAGGUAGAAGAGGUCAAAGAGGGCCCCAAAGAAAUGACUCUGGACGAAUGGAAGGCCAUGCAGGACAAGGAACGCUCAAAGGCUGAGUUUAACAUCCGUAAACCCAACGAGGGCUGUGACAGCAGUCAGUGGAAAAAGGGCUUUGUCUUGCGCAAGCCAAAGAGUGAGGAGAAACGUUUUGAGAAUGAAGCAGAUGUCCAUAGUUUGGAAUUUACGGUCACCACUGACGAGUCCGGACUGGAUCACCACUUCCGCAAGCCAGCCAAUGACAUCACCUCCCAGCUGGAGAUCAACUUUGGCGACCUGGGCCGCCCCGGGCGCGGGGGGAGAGGAGGACGAGGAGGCCGUGGGCGAGGAGGAGGUGGAGGUGCCGGAGGAGGCGCUGGUGGUGGAGGAGGAGGCGCUGGAGGCGGACGGCCUGUCCGCGGGAUGCGAGCUGACAAGUCCAGCGCAUCCGUUCCUAAUGUCGACGACCCCGAAGCUUUCCCAGCUCUGGCCUAAGUUGGGGAAACGUCAUCGGCAGCCUGGCCUGAAGCCCUCUCGAGGCCCCCUCUACGAGGCUUGCAUGCUUAAGGAUCCUUCUCAAUUAUAUUAACAAAAAAAAAGAGACUGUCAUCCAUACCAUUCACACCUAUGGACUGUCCACAGGGAAUCGUUCAAAAUGGACUUCUCUUGCUACACAGAAGCAACAAAUAUUGGGAUACUGGUUUUAUAUCCAACACAGUAAUGGUAGCAGGAGAAAAAAAAGCUGUUUUCAUAAUAAAUUUUC